UAUUUUCCCAACAACAAAGAGAAAAAAAAUGUUUCAUGAUUUCUGCCAAACGUUGACGACGAACCUCAGUCUACGCUAUGGGGACACACAACAAGUCUUCUUCCCUUAAUGCCUGCCAUUACAAUUUCCAUCAUUUUAUCUCCCCUUCUUCUCUCUUCCAGUAUAUGUAUCUAUAGAUUCAUCUUCUUGAUCUAUGGAGCCUGCACUGCAAGCCCUUUUAGCUGCCACCGGCAGCUUUCUAUUUAUGACUAUUAUCUUCGCCGUCAUCUACGCGCUCUGCAAAGACCCCAAGAAACACACGCGCCGCCAGCAGCCGCCGCGGGCCAGGACCGCCCCUGCAACCGAGCUUUCUUCCAUCACCGUCGGCGAGAGCGCCACGUUUGACCCGGCACUGCCCCGGAUCGAGAUAGGCGAGCUGGUCCGCGUGACCCGGGACUUCUCGCCGGAUCUCAUCAUCGGCGACGGCAGCUUCGGCCUCGUCUACCGGGCGAAGCUCUCCUCUGGCGACACCGUCGCCGUCAAGAAGCUCGCCCCCGACGCGUUUCAGGGGUUCCGUGAGUUCCGGGCGGAGAUGGAGACUUUGGGAAAGAUUCAACACCCGAAUAUCGUCAAGAUUUUGGGUUACUGCGCCGCCGGUUCGGACCGGAUCCUUAUAUAUGAGUUUGUGGCAAAAGGAAGUCUUGACCAAUGGCUUUACGACAUGUCAUCGAUGGUGUAUGACGUGGCGGAGACAACCAAAUGUCCCAAGCUUUUGGAUUGGGAAACUAGGAUUAAGAUUGUCCAAGGAGUUGCUAGGGGGCUAGCCUUCAUGCACACAUUGGACCCUCCAAUUAUACAUAGGGAUAUCAAGGCUAGCAACAUUUUACUGGAUGCCGAGUUCGGAGCUCACAUUGCAGAUUUCGGAUUGGCCAGGCAAAUGGAAGGAUCUCACUCGCACGUCUCAACGCAAGUGGCUGGGACAAUGGGGUACAUGCCGCCAGAAUACAUUUACGGAUGCAUGAUGGCAACUACGCCGGGCGACGUCUAUAGCUUCGGAGUACUGAUGCUAGAAAUUGCCACGGGACGACGACCUAAUUUCCCAUUUGUAGGAGGAGACGGACACGAGAUUCGCCUAGUCGAAUGGGUCACAAAUAUGGUGUCACAAAAACGAUACAUAGAAAUGGUCGAUCCUAAUCUUUCAAGAGAGAGUUUGCCGGAAAACGAUGUCAUCAACUAUUUUGCUAUCGCCACCAUGUGCGUGAGUGAGGAUCGCAAGGUCAGGCCUACCAUGAAUGAUGUUGUUGGAAUGUUAGAGUAACCGAGGUUCUACACAAUUCACAAAUUUGGUAAGUUGUUUAUGAAUGUAAAGUUGAUAUUAUAGUCUAAAAAUAAUAUGAAGAAAAAAAAAAUGUACUUAUUCCAUACUGAUUUCCUCUAAUGACCUUGUUCUUGAUCAUUGUAUUGAUCUACUACAUGGGUACAUGUAGAAUGACCAAAACCUUGAAUUGUACUAAGACAUAAGAAUAUGAAUUAUGUUUUCUAUUAAGUGUA